AUGACUGGAAUUUACCCAUUGGAUGAGAAUAUUUUCACCGAUGAAGAUUUUCUACCUGCUUCAGUUACGGAACAAGAAAUGGAUGAUGCAGAUGAAAAUGAUGAAGACAUGCAUAGAAGAGUUGUUUUUGAGGUAGAGGCAGGACCUCACAUAAACGAUGAAAUAAAUUAUGAUGACAAUUCUGAGAUCAUGAAUGUAAGUGAUGCUUCAAAUACUCAGGAUUCUCAAAGAACUGGAUGUUCAGGAGUAGGCGAAUCCCAAGACGUUGGAUGUUCAAAAGCAAUUGCAGAGGAAAUUCCUGAACAGUUAUCUGCAACACUACCUUCAGAUAUUAUUCCUUUGCCAAUACUUACCAAAAAGAGGAAGUGAACAAGAAAAGGUUUGAAGUCUACACUGCUUACGUCAACCCCAAACAAAGAGGAACUGGAAAAGAUAGAAGAGGAGAAACAAAAAAAAUGGAAAAAAAAGGAAGGAAAGUAUCAGAAAAAAUAAAAAAACGAUAAGAAAUAUUUUUGGGAAAAAGAAAGAGAAUCAAAAUCAAUCCUCGUCUGACUCAGAAUCGGAAAUAUCCC